CGCCAGUCUGUGACAGGCGCAGUUCGAGUCCAGCUGUGUUUGUUUGUUGUAUGGCUGGCCUACCAGCUGAAAUGGCAUCUUCAACAGGACAAGGGGGUUGAUAUACUGUUUAGUUCCUUAUUUUGUAAUGUUCAGUUAUGUAAAUAUUUAGUGUUAAUCUAAUAAAUAGCUUACGAAAUGUUUCAGUUUUGAAAAUAUAGGUUAGUUUUCGGAAUUCGUUCAUUCAGUGCCUUUUAGCUUACAGUUCAUUCUUUUGUUCUUUAUCUUCUCUUAUAUUAAACAUGAUGCAGCAAAUAAUAAAAACAUUUCCUGAUGACAAGCCAUUGACAUCUAUAAGUGUAAUAGAAGAUAUAUCGAAACGUCCUCAAGGGUUCAUCAUUGUAUCGAAAACAUUCGAUCAAGACUCAGAUGCCGAUCUGUGGAAGGGUAGUACAUUCUUCGGAGGAAGAGUCUCUAGGUACUUGUGUCUCUCUAAGACUGAAGGAAUCGACAAUUAUAUUGUCGAAGACAUUGCCAUUAUUGGAGAGAAGGACAUGCCUCCAGACGGAUACGGUCUCAUACCCAAGACAAUGGAUACGGAUGCCAAGGCUUGGAAAAAGAGACAGAUAUGUUAUAAGUUAACAAGAAGAAAUUUGGCCCUUUCCGCUGUAACUGACAUCAUUCUUUUGAGUAAAUCUAAAAAAGCUCCGGAAGGAUUCAGUCUUGCUGGAGAUAUUAAUGGUGUUGUGGUAUGCUUCAAGACUAUUCACGAUCUGGGUUUGGGUCCGCACAACAACAAUCCACCUCCUGUUUUAGGUUAUAGCUUAAACCCAAAGGGUAUCCCACAGCCUACGAUUUCUCCAUCACCGAAUGGUCUGUACCCAGCUGUAGCAUCGCCUACCAGUUCAGGAGAUUACGUCAAUCUCCUGCGACCGAAAAGACCCGCACCUACACCACCGAUUCAGUCGAGCCCUGGUUUACUAUCAACAAGCUUAGUAGUGAAUUCACCACCUGAGAUACCACCGAAGCCUCAGGUGCCGUCAUCUGCAUCUUAUGCAACUCUCAAAGUACAUGAAGGUUUGGAGGGCAUCCCAUUUGUGCUGCAUCCCACACUGGAAUUGAUUGCAUCCAAAGGAGCUUCGAUUGGACCAAUUCCUGUUAUCAAGAGGAAAACAAUGGAAGAUUUAGAUAGAGAGUAUGCGUAUGACUUCAGACUAGAAAGACAGUCAACAUAGCGGACGGGAGCAGAACCAGAAAUCCACGCUAUAAAAAGAGGAAGCAAGCGAGCAUUGAGAAAGAUGUGCGCACAGAUCCCGCCUCCGCCUCCUCUAUAGUCUUCUAGCUCCAACAGUUUCAUCUAUUAUGAGAUGAUCUAUUUAUUAUCAUUUGUAUUUUUCAAAAUACUGCCAUUUUGAUCGUCAUCAGGGAUGCCAUCUAUAUUUUAAUAUAUAUUUAGCAUUUUAUUGUGAUUAUUAUCUAUAUUAUAAUUUUGAAUUUAGUCAUUUUUUUUUAAAUAUAUAUUUCUUGCUGAUUUCUUUUAUAAUUUUCUUGUAUCGAUUAAU